GCAGCCAUUUGAAGCUUUGAGAACACGUCCUACAAUGGCUAUCAUCAAUCACCUUCUUCGUUCCGCUCUACGGUCUCGGUCGGUUGCAUCUUCAAGACGAGCUUCGGAAUAUGUCGUCCCGACUCCCUUCCUGUCCUGCUUAUAUGGAACACAGGCGUCGGUGCAAACAGAGGAAUCAGACAACAUUGGGUUUAAGGGACAUGAUAUCAUUACACCUUUUACUACAAGAUGGCAGUGCACAAAUGAAAAUCCACUAGUUAUAGAAAGAUCAGAGGGUUCAUAUGUGUAUGACACUAAUGGAAGGAAGUACCUUGAUGCUCUGGCUGGUCUAUGGUGCACAUCCUUAGGGGGAAAUGAACCACGACUUGUAGCAGCUGCAACAAAACAACUAAAUACCUUACCGUUUUACCACUCCUUUUGGAAUCAUACUAACAUGCCUUCAUUGGAGCUGGCAAAGGAACUGCUUGAAAUGUUCACAGCUAGAAAAAUGGGGAAAGUCUUUUAUACAAACAGCGGUUCAGAAGCCAAUGAUACUCAGGUCAAGCUGGUAUGGUACUAUAACAAUGCACUUGGAAGACCAAAAAAGAAAAAGUUCAUUGCUCGCUCACUGGCCUACCAUGGUUCAACAUUAAUAGCAGCCAGUCUUACUGGCCUAACAGGUAUGCACCAGCAGUUCGACAUUCCAGCUCCGUUCGCCCUGCACACGGAUUGUCCACAUUACUGGCGUUACCAUCUUCCAGGUGAAACGGAGGAAGAGUUCUCAACCAGAUUAGCUAAAAACUUGGAGGACCUUAUACUUAAGGAGGGGCCAGAGACGAUUGCUGCAUUCAUCGCUGAACCUGUCAUGGGGGCUGGUGGUGCGAUCCUUCCACCUACAACUUAUUUUGAGAAGAUCCAAGCUGUGCUCAAGAAGUAUGAUAUACUUUUUAUUGCAGAUGAGGUAAUCUGUGCCUUUGGAAGGCUAGGGGCGAUGUUUGGAUGCGAUAAGUACAAUAUUAAACCAGACCUUGUAUCUAUUGCAAAGGCACUUUCCUCGGCAUAUAUGCCUAUUGGAGCUGUUCUUGUGAGCCCUGAAAUCUCUGAUGUCAUUCACUCUCAAAGCGACAAGCUAGGUUCCUUUGCUCAUGGAUUUACUUAUUCCGGACACCCAACCGCAUGUGCUGUUGCACUUGAAACACUCAAGAUCUACAAGGAAAGGAAUAUUGUGGAGCAAGUAAAUCAAAUCUCCCCGAGGUUUCAAGAUGGCAUAAAAGCUUACUCUGAUAGCCCUAUCAUUGGAGAGAUAAGGGGGACUGGCUUGGUGUCAGGCACAGAUUUUGUAGACAAUAAAUCACCAAAUGAUCCAUUCCCUCCAGAAUGGGGAGUUGGUGCAUAUUUUGGAUCUGAAUGUCGGAAAAAUGGUUUGAUAGUACGUGCUGCAGGGAAUAAUAUAACAAUGGCUCCACCAUUUAUCAUCUCUCCUCAAGAAGUUGAUGAGAUAAUCAGCAUUUAUGGAAAGGCACUGAAGGCUACUGAAGAGAGAGUGAAGGAAUUGAAGGCUCAGAGGUAGCUGCAAAUGGUAACAAGAAACGGCCUGAAGGAACCGGAUCCUGUCUACUCUCAAGGAACAAAUAAAUCCUUCCCCGUGAUGGCCAAAUGCUUCGUUAAUAAGCUUUUGUCUAAUUAAAAGGGUAUGUUUGUGAGAUAUAAAAAAGCCUUGGAUGUUGAAUAAAAGCAGCUUGAUAUUUUGAUCCA